AUGAAUCAAUCAUAGAAAUUGGCAUAUUAUCCAAAUUUGCUUGUAAUUCAUUUUUAUCUUAAUAGACAGGGGUAAUCGGAAAGGGUGAUCUAAUAAAAUAUAGAAAGCAAAAGGGGUUUGGAGGAGUACUUGGGUAUUUUACAAGAAAGAGCUAACAUAGAAGAUCAAUAUGCCAAAUCAUUAUACAAACUCUCCUAAUAAAUUGAGAAGUCAAGGUAUUUAAAUUUGUAAAGAAUUCGUUAGCAUAACCUACUUGAGAGAAUAGUUGGUGAAUUAAUUAAGAUAAAAAAUAGAACGACUAGAAAAUUUCGUAGAUUUGAUUAGAUCGGAAAUAAUUGAACAAGUGAAAGAAAUCCUCCAGGAUCAAAAUCAAGUAGCCAAAAGGAUUAUUGAUGAAAUGAAAGGCCUGGAAUGGGACUUACAAGAUAAAUAAGACGAUGUGAUGGGAGGAAAGUUGGACUAUAAAUUGCAAGCGAAGGAUUUAGAGUAAUCAGGAAUUUCAGAUAUGAUUUUUCAAUAUAGUCUUGACAUUUCAGAAGACAAAGCAUUGAAGCAAGUGUUAAAGUAAUUAUACAUACAUACUUACCCACAGAACUUAACAAAUCUAAUCAGAAUGCAUCAAAUUGGAAAGAGAAUUCGAAAUUAUUGUGCUUUCCUAUAAUGAAUUCAUCGAUGUUUAUAAAACCAAAAUGGAAAGCUACUUGUCUUAGAUGGAAUAAUAUGAAUAGUAAAGGCUACUUGUACAAAAGGACACCCUGAUGAAACUCUUUUUAUUUGAGACUUCCAUUUCAAAGUAAUCCUUAUAAGACUCUGAAAAAUUGAAUGAUCAAAUCAGAAAAUCUAAUCUUUAAGAUUUUAUUGAGAAUUUUAUUCUCAAAUAUCAAAAACCCUAAGAAGCCCCAAGACAACUUGAAUUCAAACCAUAUUCAUCCUUCUUAACUAAGACAAUAGAGAGCAUGAGGAGCCAAGAGUAUCAAAAACUCAAGGAUAUCAUCAAGGCUCAUAAUGAUACAUUUUACAAUAUUUAUGAGGACUGUGUUAAGAAGAAUGUAUGCAGUUUUGUAAUAAUUUAUAGAACUUAUAAACUAUAGAAGAGUAAGAAUUAGCUCAUCUGAUGAGUCGUAACAAUGUUUAAUCCAUAUACAAGAUUAUGUAAAUUCACAUUAAUUGUGUUUGGAAUGCACAUGAAAUACCAAAUAAUGAGACUAUUGUUGGGUUGCUCAGAUAGAGUUCUCUGAAUAGAUUGCUUUGGUGUUAGGCCUUAGAAAUAUAGGCAAAUAAGAAUAAUUACAAGGUUCCUACUAAUGAUGCAUAUGAUCAAGUCAUUAAGUGGAGUUAAAAGAUUAUUAGCUUAGUACUUUGAAUUGUCUAUUUAGAGUGUAUAGAAUUCUGGGAUGCAUCGCCUUUGAGAAAGCUAAUAACAAUUAGUUCAAUAAUACACGUUGCAGUUCAAAAUAGGAAGCAUUUUUUGAUGUAUAACAUCAAGGAGAACAAAGUUUUAUAAAGUGCAGACUUUCUGGAAGCCUCUGUUGUUUAAGCUGUUUAUGAUGCUUUGGUUGAAGAAAUAAAGGAGGUCACUACUUUGGAGGAGAGAAAUAGAAGGUAAAUUAUUUGAUUCUAAUCAAGAUAAAAAAUAAAUAUCUUGACUCAGUUAUCAAAGAUAUGCUUUACAUUAUUAUAGUUCAAUCCAAUUAGUGUGAUUAAAAUGUAUGCAGAGAACUAUUUGAAGUUAUUGUCUGUUGCUCAUGAUGCUACUGACAACUUAUUAUUUUAGAUUGAGAGUUUUGAAUAAUUUUGA